AUGUCUUGCAAAAGUGCAACAACAGCCUCAAGCACUUCUCAAUCCAUGCAGCCUCCUUGCUCAGACCCAAAAAGUCCUCUCAUGGGUAUUCCUUCAUCACUCUCUGCUUUGAAAAAACGAAAAACAACCAUUCAGAAGCAAGGGUUAGAGGAUUCAACGGAACCAGAGGAUGAAAUUCUCUUUUCCAGAAGCAAUAGUCGUAUGGGAGUUAUAAAACAAGAGCCAUCAUUGAUAAAGCUCAAAGAAGAGGAAGAAGAAAGUCAUCAUUUCAGGCUUUCAUUACAAGAGGAGGAAGGCUUUCAAUGGGAGGAUACAAUGGAAUCGGGUGAUCCGAUGCCUAAAAGAACUCUGAAAAGUCUUACCGACCAUGAUCGUUUUGUCUUUGAAUUUGUUGAUUGCCAUCAUCAUGAUGGUGGUGAAUACGAAUCAUUGGUAGAGGAAUGUAACAAGAUGAUGCAAAGCGAAUGGUGA